AUGGACGAUUUUGUCGGCCCGGGACCACAUUCAGGUGAUGAUGAUGUGUUUAAAGAACCAAUGAAAAAAAGAAGACGUUCUCUUGACCAGCGGUUCAGAGCAUUUCCUCCUGUGGAACAAAGUGCUUUUAAGGAAUAUGAAAAACUGGAGUCACGGACCAGAAGGGUUUUGAGCAACACUUAUCAGAAACUUAUUCAGUCUGUCUUCCUUGAUGACAACAUUCCUAAUGGAGUCAAGUAUCUCAUAAACAGGCUUCUGGCCUUGAUUGAAAAACCAUCAUUGGACCCAAUCUACAUUGGAUUAUUUGGAAGCACAGGGGCUGGGAAGAGCUCCCUGAUCAAUGCCAUCAUCCAGCAAGCAAUGUUUCUACCAGUAUCUGGAGAAAGUAUAUGUACGUCAUGUAUUGUGCAAGUGAGCUCGGGCUGCUGUGAGCAGUAUGAGGCCAAAAUCCACCUUCUCUCUGACCAGGAGUGGAAGGAAGAGCUGAAGAAUUUGACUAAACUCCUGCACAGGACAGAGGACCUGGGUGAAGAGGUGGACACUUGGGACAGGGACGAUGCUGUGGAGGAAGCCAUCUGGAAGCUACAAAUGUUUUAUGGAAAUGGAGCAGAAAGAAAGAGCUAUGAAGAGUUACUAAGGGCAAAGCCCAAAGGAAAGAUUCCCACCUCCAGAAUCAUCACCCUCAAGGCAGAAGAGGCAGAGGAGCUAUCUGUCAAGCUGGACCCCUACAUCCGGACUCAGAGGAGAGAUUUGGCUGGAGAACCAACUGAGACACAGAUCUGGCCCUUGAUCAAACAUGUGGAAGUGACUUUGCCCAGAUCAGAGCUGAUUCCAGAAGGGGUUGUGCUGGUGGACAUUCCAGGCACAGGCGACUUCAACAGCAAGAGAGAUGAGAUGUGGAAAAAGACCAUUGAUAAAUGCUCAGUGAUCUGGGUCAUCAGUGACAUUGAAAGAAUUUCUGGAGGAAGAGCCCAUGAAGACCUUCUGAAUGAGAGCAUCAAAGCCUGCCAAAGGGGCUUCUGCAGGGACAUUGCUCUGGUGGUCACCAAGACUGACAAACUCCACCUGCCGGAAUAUCUAAGGGAAAGAAAAGUGGGAAAUCAGGCUAUUUCAAGUCAGCGGGAGGCUGUUUUAGAAAGAAAUGACCUGAUAAAACUACAAAGGAGUAGAAUUCUCAAGGAAAAACUCAAGAGAAAACUGCCCACUGACUCCAAGGUUCUGAAGACCUCAGAUCUGGUAUACACAGUCAGCGCCCAGGAGUACUGGCAGCCGGCUCUCCUCACUGAGGAGGAAACUGAAAUCCCCAGAUUAAGAGGCUAUAUCAGGAAAAGACUCCUGGACAAGAAGAAGACGAUGGUGACCAAGUAUGUGACUGAAGCCUUUGGUUUAUUGCUUCUCACAGACAGUUUCAACUGCAUGGAACAUCUGCCGAAUGAAUACUUGCACAUGAGUGGCCUGCGGAGAUUUGUAGAAGAGAAGAUACAGUUGCUAGAGAAGGCCAUUGACCAGUGCUUUGCCCAUAUAGAACAGCCUCUGCAAGAAGGAGUCCGAAAUGCCAGGACUUCCUACCGACGGAUCCUUGGGGCAUGUCUGGUGAGGAGCAGAGGAAACCAGGGCUUCCACCAGACUCUGAAAGCUGUUUGCCUGAAAAAUGGCAUCUAUGCCUCCAGGACUCUCGCAAGAAUAGAUCUGAAUGAAGCCAUCACUCAGCCCAUCUAUGACCAGAUUGAUCCCGUUUUUGGAGGCAUUUUUAGGGCUGGAAAGCCCACUGGUUCCACUUUGCUGCCUCAUAUAGAAGCUUUUAAGCACAGUCUACAGGAGAAAAUGAUGGAAAUGGGAGUAAGAAAUGGAUGGAAAUAUGAUAGCUACAAAAAGAGUUUCCUUAUCCAGGAGAUAAGUGCCAUUCUGGGAGGCCUGGAGGAUUAUAUCUUCAGAAAAAAAAGGAAGAUCUAUGAAUCUCUCACCACCUCUGUUCAGAACGACCUCAAGCCCUGUUACGAAGAGGCAGCUCAGAUCACUGGCAAGAAAGCAUGUGAGAGAAUGAAAGAUGUCAUCAGAAGAGGGGUGGACCGGCAAGUGGCUGAGGGCAUGUUUGAAAGGGCUCAGGAAAGGAUGCAACACCAAUUUCAGCAACUGAAGAAUGGAAUCUCGGAGAAGGUGAAGGGCAGUAUCACCACCAUGCUGACCCUUGCUUCAUCCCAGGGAGAUGGUCUCUACAAGGAGCUUGCAGAUGUUAAAAGUGAGUACAAGGAGAUGGAGAAGCUACACAGAAGCCUGAGAGAGGUUGCUGAGAACGCAGUGUUGCGAAGAGGCAUGCAAGAUUUCCUUUUGAAAAUGUCCCCAAGCAAAGCUGUUCCCCACAAAGAAUAA